AACGGGGUAGCUCAUGAUAACGUCCCUUGUGGCCAUUGCACACGUCUCUUAUUGGAGUGCCUAGGAUACGGAGACGAGCGGCCAGACUGGAUCAGAAAACAUGAACCACAACUACGAAAGGCCAUGAGACGACAUAUCAGCACGAAAGAUAACAAAGUCUUAACGUUCGAACGAUACUACCAAAAACAUGCAUGGCGCCCAUCUUGUGAACAAAGGAGCGAAGAAACACCGAGCACCUCAUCUCGAUCAACUGUUCCCGGAUCUGGAAGUGCCGUUGAGGACACGACGUGGGACAAAGGGUCGAAAGCCUCAGAGAUUGACUCCGCCCCUUCCUCCCCUGCCCCAACAUCCGCCUUGACCGCCGACUCCGGCGAGCACUCGUCAACCGAAUCAUCCGAUACUCCCCAAAGUGAAAACUACUCUCACAGUCCAGCCCCGUCUUUUCUCAGUGCGUCCUCAUCGGAUCAGUCAGCCCAUCCUGCAGAUUCCGCACGGCCUCCACAUUCAGUCAUUGUCGUAGGCCAUGAUUUCCCUACUGACGAUGAGAUUUCCCAGGGCGCCGUGCUGCACGGGCAAGGUGUCUUCCAGGAUCCUGAUCUCGAUGGUUUGUUCAUGACCCCAAAAUCUCCAGAACCACUUAUAUCAUCCAACAAACCCGCGCUGAUGCAGGAAAAUGGGGCCGACUACAAUACCGAGCCGGAACAAUGGCACAUGUGGGAAUUUAUCCAUGAUCCCGACGAUUCGACAGCAGUGAAUGGAGGUGCCAUGGAAAAUCGGGCGUAUACUGAGACACCAGAACUCUUCGAUAGCGCUUCACAGCUUCUGAGUGGAUUUACCGUUGAUGUUGACGUGUCUGUGCGGGAUUGGGUACAACGUGUACCAGCUUGGGAUACUCCCUGUGAACCGCAACACGGGCAACCUGCUGUAUUUGAUGGGCAUGGCGAUGCAACCCAGAGCCAUGUCCAGACGAGUCGCGCACAAUUUCCUUCGCCCCCUAGUUACUACGCUGAUCACCUCCUGGACAUCCCCCAAACCGCCUUAGCAAUAGGACAGCAAACCAAGACAUCACAACACCAGAGGUUGGAUCACUCCCCCGCUCAGAUUGUCAAUGAUCGUGCGUCAUUUCGUGCUCCGUUUUUCGUGCCUGCGUGACUGAUGUUAUCCUGACUUCUAGGUUUGACGACGUACUUCAAGCAGCUCUGCCUCACCACACUGAACGAACAGUCCUCGUAUCAAGACAUGGGCAGAUUGGCUCAAGAACUUGCCGUAGUGUUGCCCUUCAUACACUCGCUGCCUGAAAGGGCCGGCUGGAGCACAGAUCUCCACGUCAUCCAUGCUGUCACCCAGCAAUGGAAUUUACACGAUCAGGGU